AUGACAAGUCCAGCAGAUAACACUCCAGUGUCAGCUAAAAUAAAAAAACCUUCAGAUAGUGCCUUCAAGCAGCAACGUCUUCCAGCCUGGCAACCUAUACUGACUGCUGGAACAGUACUCCCGACAUUUUUUGUAAUAGGAAUUGCUUUUAUUCCCGUUGGAAUAGGUCUUUUGCAUUUCUCCAAUGAAGUACAGGAAAAAGUUGUCGAUUACACAGACUGCGUGUCGAUAGACUCUAAUAAUGGAACUAAAUGUUCUGACGUAAUAGCUAAUUACCCAAGAAAACCUUGUUUCUGUCAUGUCAACUUUACCCUGGAAUCAGACUUCCCCAGCAAAGUUUACAUGUACUACGGUCUGACCAACUUCUAUCAAAAUCAUCGACGCUACGUCAAGUCGCGGGAUGACUUUCAGCUUUUGGGGACUCUCAGUAAGGAAGUAAACAGUGACUGCGAGCCUUUUGCAUAUGUUGAGGAGAACGGCAAAAAAAACCCAAUUGCGCCAUGUGGAGCCAUCGCUAAUUCGCUGUUCAGCGACGAGCUGAGUAUCAUCGCUCUGGACAUUAACAAUAUGCCAGUUCCGCUGAUAAGAACAGGUAUCGCUUGGCCUUCUGAUAAAAAUAUUAAAUUUAAAAAUCCUCCAGGCAAUCUAGAGCAAGCUUUCGCUGAAUUUGAAAAGCCUCGUAAUUGGAGCAAAAAAGUAUGGCAAUUAGACCCUGAUGAUCCAACGAAUAAUGGGUUUCAAAAUGAAGACCUAAUUGUUUGGAUGAGAACUGCGGCGUUGCCUAAUUUUAGAAAAUUAUAUCGAAGAAUUAACCAUACUGAUUUGCAUUUUAAAAGUGGUUUACGUCAGGGAAAUUAUCAAUUACAAGUUAAUUAUAGUUACUAUGUAUCAUCAUUCCAUGGCAAGAAAAAAAUGAUUUUAAGUACCACAUCACUCUUGGGCGGUAAAAAUCCAUUUUUAGGUAUUGCUUAUAUUGUCGUAGGCUGUGUAUGUUUAGUUUUGGGUAUUGCAUUAUUAAUUAUACAUAUUAAAUGUUCCAAAAGCACAAAUGAAAUAAUAAACGUAAAUCAACAUACGCCGUAUCAAUGA